AUGCCCCACGCUCGCUUCCACCCUCUUCCCAGUGAGCGGCCCGACGCGGUGCGGUGCGGUGCGGUGCGGUGCGGGAUGGAAGCGGAGGCGGGCGUGGGGCCAAGCCGGGAGCAGACUGCAAGAGUCCCGGGAUCGGUGAAGGCCGGGGCUUGCGCCACAGCGCCUUGCCAGGGUCCUCUUGCGCCGCCUCCGCCACCCGCCCGGGGCCCGCGGCGGAGGGCGGCGGCAGCCAGUGAGCGGCCCGACGCGGUGCGGUGCGGUGCGGUGCGGUGCGGGAUGGAAGCGGAGGCGGGCGUGGGGCCAAGCCGGGAGCAGACUGCAAGAGUCCCGGGAUCGGUGAAGGCCGGGGCUUGCGCCACAGCGCCUUGCCAGGGUCCUCUUGCGCCGCCUCCGCCACCCGCCCGGGGCCCGCGGCGGAGGGCGGCGGCAGCCAGUGAGCGGCCCGACGCGGUGCGGUGCGGUGCGGUGCGGUGCGGGAUGGAAGCGGAGGCGGGCGUGGGGCCAAGCCGGGAGCAGACUGCAAGAGUCCCGGGAUCGGUGAAGGCCGGGGCUUGCGCCACAGCGCCUUGCCAGGGUCCUCUUGCGCCGCCUCCGCCACCCGCCCGGGGCCCGCGGCGGAGGGCGGCGGCAGCCAGUGAGCGGCCCGACGCGGUGCGGUGCGGUGCGGUGCGGUGCGGGAUGGAAGCGGAGGCGGGCGUGGGGCCAAGCCGGGAGCAGACUGCAAGAGUCCCGGGAUCGGUGAAGGCCGGGGCUUGCGCCACAGCGCCUUGCCAGGGUCCUCUUGCGCCGCCUCCGCCACCCGCCCGGGGCCCGCGGCGGAGGGCGGCGGCAGCCAGUGAGCGGCCCGACGCGGUGCGGUGCGGUGCGGUGCGGUGCGGGAUGGAAGCGGAGGCGGGCGUGGGGCCAAGCCGGGAGCAGACUGCAAGAGUCCCGGGAUCGGUGAAGGCCGGGGCUUGCGCCACAGCGCCUUGCCAGGGUCCUCUUGCGCCGCCUCCGCCACCCGCCCGGGGCCCGCGGCGGAGGGCGGCGGCAGCCAGUGAGCGGCCCGACGCGGUGCGGUGCGGUGCGGUGCGGUGCGGGAUGGAAGCGGAGGCGGGCGUGGGGCCAAGCCGGGAGCAGACUGCAAGAGUCCCGGGAUCGGUGAAGGCCGGGGCUUGCGCCACAGCGCCUUGCCAGGGUCCUCUUGCGCCGCCUCCGCCACCCGCCCGGGGCCCGCGGCGGAGGGCGGCGGCAGCCAGGCAGGCAGCAGUGAGCGGCCCGACGCGGUGCGGUGCGGUGCGGCGCGGUGCGGUGCGGGAUGGAAGCGGAGGCGGGCGUGGGGCCAAGCCGGGAGCAGACUGCAAGAGUCCCGGGAUCGGUGAAGGCCGGGGCUUGCGCCACAGCGCCUUGCCAGGGUCCUCUUGCGCCGCCUCCGCCACCCGCCCGGGGCCCGCGGCGGAGGGCGGCGGCAGCCAGGCAGGCAGCAGUGAGCGGCCCGACGCGGUGCGGUGCGGUGCGGUGCGGUGCGGGAUGGAAGCGGAGGCGGGCGUGGGGCCAAGCCGGGAGCAGACUGCAAGAGUCCCGGGAUCGGUGAAGGCCGGGGCUUGCGCCACAGCGCCUUGCCAGGGUCCUCUUGCGCCGCCUCCGCCACCCGCCCGGGGCCCGCGGCGGAGGGCGGCGGCAGCCAGUGAGCGGCCCGACGCGGUGCGGUGCGGUGCGGUGCGGUGCGGGAUGGAAGCGGAGGCGGGCGUGGGGCCAAGCCGGGAGCAGACUGCAAGAGUCCCGGGAUCGGUGAAGGCCGGGGCUUGCGCCACAGCGCCUUGCCAGGGUCCUCUUGCGCCGCCUCCGCCACCCGCCCGGGGCCCGCGGCGGAGGGCGGCGGCAGCCAGUGAGCGGCCCGACGCGGUGCGGUGCGGUGCGGUGCGGUGCGGGAUGGAAGCGGAGGCGGGCGUGGGGCCAAGCCGGGAGCAGACUGCAAGAGUCCCGGGAUCGGUGAAGGCCGGGGCUUGCGCCACAGCGCCUUGCCAGGGUCCUCUUGCGCCGCCUCCGCCACCCGCCCGGGGCCCGCGGCGGAGGGCGGCGGCAGCCAGUGAGCGGCCCGACGCGGUGCGGUGCGGUGCGGUGCGGUGCGGGAUGGAAGCGGAGGCGGGCGUGGGGCCAAGCCGGGAGCAGACUGCAAGAGUCCCGGGAUCGGUGAAGGCCGGGGCUUGCGCCACAGCGCCUUGCCAGGGUCCUCUUGCGCCGCCUCCGCCACCCGCCCGGGGCCCGCGGCGGAGGGCGGCGGCAGCCAGUGAGCGGCCCGACGCGGUGCGGUGCGGUGCGGUGCGGUGCGGGAUGGAAGCGGAGGCGGGCGUGGGGCCAAGCCGGGAGCAGACUGCAAGAGUCCCGGGAUCGGUGAAGGCCGGGGCUUGCGCCACAGCGCCUUGCCAGGGUCCUCUUGCGCCGCCUCCGCCACCCGCCCGGGGCCCGCGGCGGAGGGCGGCGGCAGCCAGUGAGCGGCCCGACGCGGUGCGGUGCGGUGCGGUGCGGUGCGGGAUGGAAGCGGAGGCGGGCGUGGGGCCAAGCCGGGAGCAGACUGCAAGAGUCCCGGGAUCGGUGAAGGCCGGGGCUUGCGCCACAGCGCCUUGCCAGGGUCCUCUUGCGCCGCCUCCGCCACCCGCCCGGGGCCCGCGGCGGAGGGCGGCGGCAGCCAGUGAGCGGCCCGACGCGGUGCGGUGCGGUGCGGUGCGGUGCGGGAUGGAAGCGGAGGCGGGCGUGGGGCCAAGCCGGGAGCAGACUGCAAGAGUCCCGGGAUCGGUGAAGGCCGGGGCUUGCGCCACAGCGCCUUGCCAGGGUCCUCUUGCGCCGCCUCCGCCACCCGCCCGGGGCCCGCGGCGGAGGGCGGCGGCAGCCAGUGAGCGGCCCGACGCGGUGCGGUGCGGUGCGGUGCGGUGCGGGAUGGAAGCGGAGGCGGGCGUGGGGCCAAGCCGGGAGCAGACUGCAAGAGUCCCGGGAUCGGUGAAGGCCGGGGCUUGCGCCACAGCGCCUUGCCAGGGUCCUCUUGCGCCGCCUCCGCCACCCGCCCGGGGCCCGCGGCGGAGGGCGGCGGCAGCCAGUGAGCGGCCCGACGCGGUGCGGUGCGGUGCGGUGCGGUGCGGGAUGGAAGCGGAGGCGGGCGUGGGGCCAAGCCGGGAGCAGACUGCAAGAGUCCCGGGAUCGGUGAAGGCCGGGGCUUGCGCCACAGCGCCUUGCCAGGGUCCUCUUGCGCCGCCUCCGCCACCCGCCCGGGGCCCGCGGCGGAGGGCGGCGGCAGCCAGUGAGCGGCCCGACGCGGUGCGGUGCGGUGCGGUGCGGUGCGGGAUGGAAGCGGAGGCGGGCGUGGGGCCAAGCCGGGAGCAGACUGCAAGAGUCCCGGGAUCGGUGAAGGCCGGGGCUUGCGCCACAGCGCCUUGCCAGGGUCCUCUUGCGCCGCCUCCGCCACCCGCCCGGGGCCCGCGGCGGAGGGCGGCGGCAGCCAGUGAGCGGCCCGACGCGGUGCGGUGCGGUGCGGUGCGGUGCGGGAUGGAAGCGGAGGCGGGCGUGGGGCCAAGCCGGGAGCAGACUGCAAGAGUCCCGGGAUCGGUGAAGGCCGGGGCUUGCGCCACAGCGCCUUGCCAGGGUCCUCUUGCGCCGCCUCCGCCACCCGCCCGGGGCCCGCGGCGGAGGGCGGCGGCAGCCAGUGAGCGGCCCGACGCGGUGCGGUGCGGUGCGGUGCGGUGCGGGAUGGAAGCGGAGGCGGGCGUGGGGCCAAGCCGGGAGCAGACUGCAAGAGUCCCGGGAUCGGUGAAGGCCGGGGCUUGCGCCACAGCGCCUUGCCAGGGUCCUCUUGCGCCGCCUCCGCCACCCGCCCGGGGCCCGCGGCGGAGGGCGGCGGCAGCCAGUGAGCGGCCCGACGCGGUGCGGUGCGGUGCGGUGCGGUGCGGGAUGGAAGCGGAGGCGGGCGUGGGGCCAAGCCGGGAGCAGACUGCAAGAGUCCCGGGAUCGGUGAAGGCCGGGGCUUGCGCCACAGCGCCUUGCCAGGGUCCUCUUGCGCCGCCUCCGCCACCCGCCCGGGGCCCGCGGCGGAGGGCGGCGGCAGCCAGUGAGCGGCCCGACGCGGUGCGGUGCGGUGCGGUGCGGUGCGGGAUGGAAGCGGAGGCGGGCGUGGGGCCAAGCCGGGAGCAGACUGCAAGAGUCCCGGGAUCGGUGAAGGCCGGGGCUUGCGCCACAGCGCCUUGCCAGGGUCCUCUUGCGCCGCCUCCGCCACCCGCCCGGGGCCCGCGGCGGAGGGCGGCGGCAGCCAGUGAGCGGCCCGACGCGGUGCGGUGCGGUGCGGUGCGGUGCGGGAUGGAAGCGGAGGCGGGCGUGGGGCCAAGCCGGGAGCAGACUGCAAGAGUCCCGGGAUCG